AUGGCACCGCCGCAUUCAGGGUCCGGAUUCGAGCCGAGAAACGACGACAUUCUCUUGAUCAAAUCCUUCACCAAAACCGGAACCACCUGGCUCAAGGCUGUCUGCUACAACAUCCUCGACAAAGAAGUAGGAGAAGACCUUCUGGCAGAGAAGAACCCACACGAAGUGGUUCCCACCCUCGGAAACACUUUCCUCAAAGACCAAAUCCAACGCAUGUUGCUCAGUUGUUCGUCUCCUCGAUUGCUCCACACUCAUUUGCCUUACAGUUACUUACCGGAGGCGGUGAGGGAGUCCGGAUGCAAGUUCGUGUACGUGGCUCGUAACCCGAAGGACACUGUGGUGUCGAUGUGGCAUUUCUACAACAAGCUGUUCACCCGUGGUGGUUCUGAGUCGUUCCCCCUCGAGCGAGCGGUGGAGAGCUUCUGCAGCGGGGUUGUGCCUUUCGGGCCUUUUUACGAGCACGUGGUGGGAUACUGGGAAGAGAGCCGGAGACGACCCGAGGAGGUGUUGUUUCUCAAGUAUGAGGAUCUGUGCAGGGAGCCCAAAGAGCAGGUCAGGAAGCUCGCUUCGUUUAUGGGGAAGCCGUUUUCCUCGAUGUCGACGGCGGGUGGUGAUGAUGAUGAGGUGGUGGUGGAGAAAGUGUUGUGGCGUAGCAGUUUGGUAGGCUAA